CUUUCAUUAUUUAUUUCAUCCCGAAGUUUGAAGAUUAUUUGACUUCAAACCUUCCGCUAAGUCAUAUCAAUUCGACGCAGUUGUGACUAAAAAAAAAUUGGACUACUGAGAUGUCCGUCUUGUGGCUGCUGGUGCUGUGUGCUGUGGGCGCCAGCCAGGCGUCCUUCCUGCUGACCGUGACCCCGCACAAGAUCGAGGCUGGCAUCACAGAGAACGUCACGGUCCAGUGCAGCUUCUGGGGCGAGAGCGCGCUGAGCCGCCUGGAGAAAAUCACCAUGAUCCGCAUCAUGCGUCAGUCCAACAGCGAGGCGUUCGAGCCCAUCGUGGAGAAACGCGACAACGAGGAUAACGUUCACGUCAUCGGGUUGGACCCGUCCAUCUACGUCACAGCUCACAUUGGGACUGUGGCUUCGUCUUUUAUAGAGAUCACCUGGCCCGUCGCUUCUUUUGAUGUUUUCGGGCAUUACCGAUGCGAUGUUUUGGGUUUCGAUUUAAACCAGGAUCCGAUGAACGAGAAGUCUCCGGUAAUUUCCGUCACGGAGACCAAUGUCACGGCGUACGAUGUUCUGGAGUUGUUGCUCAAGGACCGCGUUGAGCUGAAGAGCUACUGCGACGCGGAAGUGGCUGCGUCGGAAGCGAGGCUGAUGGCGGUUAUAAAUAGAAUGAAAACGGAACAAGCCAGUAAUGACCUGAUUCUGGAGAAUACACUGCGAGCGGAGAUCAGCGCGUUGAGGACGGAUGUUAACAGAUUGAUGGAGACGGGGGUUCUUCAGUACUGGCCGGAGGGGACCUACGCCUUGCUCAUGCCACAAGACGGAUGUCCGAAUAACGUCGGGGCUAUCUGGACGACGGGUUUCCGGAAGUUCCACACGGAAUCGACGGACAGAAACUACGAUCACGUGUCCACUGUUAAUCACUUGAGAAAUCCCAUUCUAGAAAGAGCUGGAACGAAUAAUUUUAUGUACCAGCACUUCUGCGUGUCCACCACCCUCUCCCCCGGGGCGGCUUGGCCCCGGGGCUCGUACUGCAUCAACAGGAAAGGGGACAAAUGCCCCAGCGGGUUCGAGACGGGGUCGGUCGCGUGGAACGAAGAACGAACCGGCUCGGCGGCAGCGGUGAGCGGCACGCUGCCUGACGGGACGUUCGCUGUUGGCUCGGCCAAGAUCUUCUACUGCUGCCGGAACGACAGCUCGCCCUACGACACCGUCUACCUCCCCACGGCCCGCCCCUUCUACUUGUACCGGUUCGGCGGGAACUGCCAGGAAGUGGUGGGGAUGAAGGUCACGGCGGAGGAAAUGACCUUUGACACGGACAGUACCAACACCGACGCCUACGACAACGAGUAUCACCCGGACGGGCAGAUCAACGACAUCCAGAUGCAGCUCUGCUAUUACGAAGAAAUAUAGCCCCCUGCUCUCUUUUUUUUUCAUUUUAAAUAUUUGAGGUAAAAUAUAAAGUGCUUUGCUAUAAUACAUUAAAUACAUUAAACACCACU